AUGCCACUUUCCGAUAAAGCUUUGACGAGCGCACUCUCCAAGACUGUUCGCGAUGUAUUUCACAGCGACGAGAAAGACAAAUUAAGUGUACGAUUUAUUAGAACAAAAGUAGAAGAGGAAUACGAAUUGGGGGACGGCUUCUUAAAUGAAGGAAAGUGGAAGGAGAAAAGCAAGGGAAUUAUUAAGGGCGAAGUUGACAAAUUGAUGCAAGGAGAUGAAGAGGGGAAAGAGGAGGAGGAAGUUUCUGUGAAGGCAAAGAAUACCAAGAAAACUCCUGCGAAGAAAGUUACACCUGCUGCGAAGCCAACGAAACGAUCUUCGGCCGAAAAGAAGGCACCUCCUCCAAAGAGACAGAAGAAAGAGAAAACCCCUGCUUCUGAAUCCGAACUUUCUGAGCCUGCGGAGUCAGAGUUAUCAGACAUUGGUUCCGAAAUGAGCGAAGAUGUCAAAGCUAAUUCGGAUGACGAAAUCGGCGAUAAUGAAGAUGAGGUAGCACCCAAGAAGACCAAGAAAUCAGCAACGAAAGCAGUGGUCACUUCUGGUUCUGAGUUGUCUGAUAUUGAAUCGAUCACUCAAUCCGAGGCAAAAUCUCCUAAACCCUCGUCUCCAAAGAUCCGCGAUUCAUCCUUAUCCUCUCUCCCAAAAACAGAAGAAGAAGCCGCAGGCAAUGAAUCUGACUCCUCUGCCAUGUCUGUCGUACUCGAUGGACCUUUAACUACUAAGUCUCGUUCCAAAAAGUCCAAAUCUACCUCGACCAAGCCCUCUAAAACCACAAAGGCCGCAAAACCUAAAGCCGCGAAAGCUAAGACCACGGCAGAACUCACACCCAACGAACAAUUGAUCAAAACACUUCAAUCGCAACUUGUCAAGUGUGGAAUUCGCAAAAUUUGGGCUUUCGAAUUGAAGAAAUAUGAGACAGAGAAUGAGAAAAUCAAACACUUAAAGAACAUGCUGACGGAGAUUGGUAUGACUGGACGUUUUAGCGAAGGCAGAGCCAGAGAGAUUAAGGAGAUGAGGGAAUUACAGGCAGAUUUGGAAGCAGUGAAGGAAGGCGAGAAAGCAUGGGGAAUGGGUAGAAGUUCUAGGAGAAGUGGAAGUGGUGUUAAAGAGGACAAGAAGAAGAGUGAGAGUAGUGACGAUGAUGAUGACGCCAAAAGCAAGAGCGGCAGUACUAAAAAUGAUGACGAAGAGAGUGAGGAUGAUGACGAUGAUGAGGACAUGGAGGUUUCUGUUAGGGCUAGAAGAAAGAAUGAUCUGGCAUUCUUGGGAAGUGAGGAGAGUAGUGAUGAUGAUUGA